AUCUUCAACAAAAACAACAACAACAACAACAAGAACAACAAGAAGAAAAACCACAAGAAAAACAACAACAACAACGUGAUGAUGAUGAUAAUAAUAAUUUAUCUGUUGUUGUCCAACAACAGCCAUUGCCAUCUAAAUUAUUACAAGCGUUCAAUAACCUUAAUAAUAUCAAUGAUAAUAAUGAUGCUGAUCCUGUUGUUGCUGUUGGUCCUUUAUCAGAUAAUUUUAAAAGUAUUAACAAAAAAAUACCCUCUGUACUUCAACCAUCGGAUUUAUGGUUAAAAAAACAAUAUCCAUCAUUGGAUAUGGAAAAAAUUUUCAUGGCACAACCACCAGAACCAUCGGAAAAACCAUCGGAAAAACCAUCACCAAUAAAAUUACCAUCACCAAAAAUAUUACCACCAAAAAAAAUAUCACGAUCACCAUCAUUAAAACCAAGAAGAUCAUUGAAAAAGAUUCAAAAAAUAACAGAAAAAACUAGAAAAAAAAGAGCUAGACCGAAAAAAUCGUUAAAUAUUUCAUCCACUUAUAAAGAAACAAUGGCAAAUGAUGAUAAAUUAUUAUUAUCAGUAGAAAAAGAUAAUAGUGUUGUGUUUAAAGUACGAAGAAAUCGUACCAGAAAUCGUACCAGAGACCGACGAAGAACUAGACAAAGAGCUAUUGUAAAUAAAACACCAUCAGUAACAUUGGCUAAAUGUUUAAAAAAUCCAAGAAAAUCUAUUAGAAAAAUUGAAUCAUUACGAACACCAUCAAUGAUAUUGAUGGCUGCUAUGAAUGAUGCUGAUUCAAUUAAAAAAUUAAUAACUAUAAUGAGUAAACACAAUAAUUUUAAUAAUAAUAAUGAAAUGGAAAAAUCAAGAAAAAAGAUCGAUGGCCGACGACAACGAAGAAAAAAAGUAGAUGACAAUGAUGACAAAGAAGAAACUAUUCGUUCACUUUUAACUAGAAUCGAUAAUAAUGAAAAAAGUAGAAAAAAUAAAACACGACAAAAGGAUAUUCAUUCAUUAUCAUCGAUGAUAUUCCGGAAAAAUCAACGUCCAAUGUCGAAAAUUUUUUGUUCAGAUACAAAACAGCAACAACAACAACCACAACAACAACAACAACAACAACAACAACGUAAAUAUUCAUUGUUAAUGAUGAAACGACUAGCCAAAAGAAGGGCAACAACAUCAUCAUAUCCAAGAACAUUGAUUAAGGCGAUAGAAAAUUUUCUACAAAAUCAUCAAUAAA